CUAUCGCACAGAUCUAGGUACGGUAGUAGCAGGCUAGCAGUAAACCGCUCCUGGCUAGUAGUGCAUACCACACCAUGGCACACCUGCGUGCUUCUCCGCAUUUCGCGCAGGUAGUGUGAGGGCCUGUAUCGUAUCUGCGCCUCGUGAAAUUGACAGGGGUUCUGUCUUUCAUUUUGCCUGCUUCGUUACUGGUCACACCGUGCGUGAGUUCAUCCUCGUUAUAGACAGGCCACUUCCUCGUUAUAGUGGACACCAUUUUUCCCUCCGAGUCGCACUAUGUUUCGUCAUGUCCUACUCGCGUGCGUGCUCUUCCUCGCAUCGCCGCAAUUCGCGGCGGCGCGCACUACUGCGUCGGCCGUGGCGAUGAGUGACGUGGCAGAAGAGACAAAACGCGCCGCCCUCCCCGUUCCGCGGCACGUUUCGGCGGAACCCGUAGCCACCGCGCCGGGCCAGGCGCCGGAAUUCUCGCUGAUGCGAUCCGACGUGGCAGCCAACGCGUCGUUUGCUUACGUGGCGAUCCUGUACAUGGGCACGCCACGUGACUACGAGUAUUACGUGGCGACACGUGUCAUGCUGCAGACCGUCCGACGCACGGGCACCGCUGCGGAUCUCGUCGUGCUGGCGUCGGAGGACGUCCCUGAUUCCUGGACGAACACGCUCAAGAAGGAGGGAGUGCGCGUGGUGCGUGUGAACAACAUCGCCAACCCCUAUAAGGGCAGCACGUCUUACAACCCGCGCUUCCCCUUCGCGCUGAACAAGCUGCUGGCGUGGCGCCUGAAGGAGUACAAGCGCGUGGUGCUGCUGGACGCGGACAACCUCGUCUUGAAGAACGUGGACGAGCUGUUUCGGUGCGGCAGCAUGUGCGCUGUGUUCAUCAACCCCUGCACGUUUCACACUGGCCUGAUUGUGCUCAAGCCGUCAGUGAAGGUGUUCAAGGACAUGAUGCAGCAGCUGCGCUCCCUCCCGUCCUUCGAUGCAGCGGACCAGGGCUUCCUCAACCAGUACUUCUCAGCGCUGCUCAGUGCGCCGCUCUUUGCACCGCCCGACGACGGCUCGGCGCUCAAAGGGCAAUUCCGCCUGCCCAUGGGGUAUCAGAUGGAUGCGAUUUACUACAACCUGAAAUUCAAGUGGGAAGUGCCUUGCUCGGACAACAAGAUCAUCACCUUCCCCGGGGUCUCCCAGUUAAAGCCCUGGUUGUGGUGGUCCUACCCCCUCCUCGCCCUCUCUCUCCAAUGGCACUCCUGGCGCCUCUCCACCCUCGGCUACUCCUCCCACCUCCCCGCCUGCCUCUCGGCCGGCGUCUUCUGGCUCGUAGUGCUCGCACUCAGCCACGUCAUCGCCCGGGCGGCAGCCGACCCGUCCUCUUUCCUGUACCGCCUCACCAGGGGAUACAGACACGUAGGUGCCGCCCCUGUUGUUUCAGGCAUAGGGGGGAGUGCAGCAGCAGCAGGAGGAGGAGGAGGGGGAGCAGGGGGAGUUGGGUCAACCAGUCCCUAUUCGCGCUUAGGGGGGCUGGGAACAGGCCUAGGCACACCAGGCGGCGCACCCAGUGGGGGUGGCGGGGGGGUAGCAGCUACAGGAGCGGCUGCUGCUGCUGGGGGUGCUUUGGGUCUCUCCUCCUACCUCUCUCUUCGGUUUCUCCUCACUCUCUCCCUCGUAGCUCUCUCGGCGUUUGUCUCGUUUUCGCUCGUCCCAACCACCGUACACCCCUUUUUCGGAUGGGCGCUUUUCAUAUUCGGCACCUUCUCCGGUCUUUCGAUGGUUAAAGCCCUGGUAGGCGCCACAGCAGCGAUUUACUGGCUGCUACAGUACCUAGUGCUCUCUCUUAUCCUCCUGGGGUUGCCUGUUUACUCCUCGUUGGCGUUUAAACUGUGUGCGAUGCACCUACUGGCGUUUGGAGCGGGAGCUGUACUACUGGCGCAGCUUCAAGCGCUGCAGUAUGGUUUUAUCACUGGGGCGGGCUUGGCUCCUAGGCCUACUAGCUCAUCAGGAGGCCGCUCUCUAUUAGACUAGCUAGAUAAUUGUUCAGUCAGUGCACACAUAGUGUAGGAUUUGUAGUUUUGCUUGGAGUUAGUAACAGAUCGGAAAUGAUUUAUAUGCUCCCGAUCUGCACCAGAUACUAUACAUUAUUUUUCCUCUAGUUGUCCUCGUUGAGCCUUGUCGUCCGGAGAGGUAUCUAUGUUAAAUAAAUUUACGAGUUAGUG